AAGACUCGCCCCGAGUCGCUGUGGCCUGCGCAGGAAGAAGCGGAAGAAGAUGGCGCUCACCAGCUUUCUACCUGCGCCUACUCAGCUAUCUCAGGACCAACUUGAAGCUGAAGAAAGGGCAAGGUCUCAGAGAUCACGGCAGACCUCUCUGGUCUCCUCUCGAAGAGAGCCUCCCCCAUACGGAUAUAGGAAAGGCUGGAUUCCAAGACUAUUAGAGGAUUUUGGAGAUGGAGGUGCUUUCCCAGAAAUUCAUGUGGCCCAGUAUCCUCUGGAUAUGGGACGAAAGAAAAAAAUGUCGAAUGCACUGGCCAUUCAGGUGGAUCCUGAAGGGAAAAUUAAGUAUGAUGCAAUUGCUCGACAGGGACAGUCCAAAGACAAGGUCAUUUACAGCAAAUACACUGACCUGGUUCCAAAGGAGGUGAUGAAUGCAGAUGACCCAGACCUGCAAAGACCCGAUGAAGAGGCGAUUAAAGAGAUAACAGAGAAGACAAGAGUCGCCUUGGAGAAGUCUGUGUCACAGAAGGUUGCUGCAGCCAUGCCAGUUCGUGCAGCUGACAAGCUGGCUCCGGCUCAGUAUAUCCGCUACACACCAUCUCAGCAAGGAGUAGCAUUCAAUUCUGGAGCUAAACAGAGGGUUAUUCGGAUGGUAGAAAUGCAGAAAGACCCAAUGGAGCCCCCAAGAUUCAAGAUUAAUAAGAAGAUUCCCCGGGGACCACCGUCUCCUCCGGCACCUGUAAUGCACUCUCCUAGUCGGAAGAUGACUGUGAAGGAACAGCAAGAAUGGAAAAUCCCUCCUUGUAUUUCCAACUGGAAGAAUGCUAAGGGGUAUACAAUCCCAUUAGAUAAACGGCUGGCUGCUGAUGGAAGAGGACUUCAGACUGUCCACAUAAAUGAAAAUUUUGCCAAACUGGCUGAAGCACUCUACAUUGCUGAUCGAAAGGCUCGAGAAGCUGUGGAAAUGCGAGCCCAAGUAGAGAGAAAGAUGGCUCAAAAGGAAAAGGAGAAACACGAAGAGAAACUUAGGGAAAUGGCCCAGAAAGCCAGAGAAAGGAGAGCUGGGAUCAAAACUCAUGUGGAAAAAGAGGAUGGAGAGGCCCGUGAAAGAGAUGAAAUCCGUCAUGACAGGCGAAAAGAGAGGCAACAUGAAAGGAACCUUUCCAGAGCAGCUCCUGAUAAGAGGUCAAAACUACAAAGAAAUGAAAAUCGAGAUAUCAGUGAAGUCAUUGCUCUUGGUGUGCCCAAUCCUCGAACUUCCAAUGAAGUUCAGUAUGACCAAAGGCUCUUCAACCAAUCCAAGGGUAUGGACAGUGGAUUUGCAGGUGGAGAAGAUGAAAUUUACAAUGUUUAUGAUCAGGCCUGGAGAGGAAAAGAUAUGGCUCAGAGUAUCUACAAGCCCAGUAAAAAUCUGGACAAAGAUAUGUAUGGUGAUGAUCUUGAAACCAAGAUGAGGACCAACAGAUUUGUUCCUGAUAAGGAGUUUUCUGGUUCAGACCGUAAAAAGAUGUCCUCCCGAGAAGGACCAGUUCAGUUUGAGGAAGAUCCUUUUGGUUUGGACAAGUUUUUGGAGGAAGCAAAACAGCAUGGUGGUUCAAAAAGACCCUCCGAUAGCAGUCGGCCCAAGGAACAUGAGCACGAAGGCAAGAAGCGGAGGAAGGAGUAGAGGGGCCUCUUCAAACGAAAUCUGCCGUAUACAGCAGAGGAUUGCCUGGUCUGGCCUCAGUGAGAGAAGAUGUACCCACCCCUCCAGACACUUGAGAUCCCAGGGAGGUGAGGGUGGGGACAUCUUGGGAAUGGGGGAGGAGGAAUGAGAUGAGGAAUCAUUGGAGAGAUGACCAGGAGGGGGAUAAAGACUGGACUGUUUUAAAAACAAAAAAUUAAAAAAAAAAAAAAAAAAAAAAAA